CCCAAAUAUCGUUUAAAGAAAUAACAACCAAUAACUUUGAAAAUACACUCGAAUUUUACGAAUUACAACGUGUACAUAAUAAUAAUACCUUGGAGUUCUUUAAACGCCAAUCCGAAUAACCAAGGUUCGCGCUUGUCCGUACAAUUGAAUUUGAUGCUCAACCUGCUCAACUCUAUUGGUAACAUUAUCGGUCUUGAACAUGAACUGUACAUAGGCUGGGUUGUUAGUACGUUAUAAUAGUAGGUACCUAUUGGUAUCUAUUUAUUCAUAUUGCAUAUAUCGACGAAGAUGAAGUUCUGUGCAAACCUUUCGUUUAUGUUUCCGGAAGGCGUAACCGUCCUAGAGAGAUAUGCCUUAGCGAAAGAAGCUGGUUUUAAGGCUGUGGAAUCAGGCUUCCCAUUUGGACACACUUUAGAACAAGUGAGGCAAGCAAAAGAGAGUUGCGGCAUCGAGCAAGUGUUGAUUAAUCUGAAAACUGGUGAUGUUGCUAAAGGUGAAUUGGGCACGACGGCAAUACCAGGCAAGGAACAAGACUUUGUGUCGAAUCUCAAUGUGACUAUAGACUAUGCAAAGGCCUUGAAUGCUAAGAAAAUCCACAUAAUGGCUGGUAAGAUUGAUGACAUAUCUACAGCCAACUGGAAGACGUAUGAGAACAAUUUGAAGUAUGCUGCAAACAAACUAAAGGAAGAAAAUAUAAUAGGAGUGAUUGAACCUAUUAAUCAACAUUCUGUGCCAAAGUAUUUCUUGAGUGAUUAUGGAAAAGCGGUGGACAUAAUUAAGCAUAUAAACAGUCCAAACCUCAAGCUACUGCUGGACAUAUUCCACCUGCAGCACAUCUGUGGGAAUCUCACUCACAAUAUUAAGGAUCUGAUGCCUUAUGUUGGACAUGUACAGAUAGCUCAAGUCCCGGGUCGCAACGAGCCCAACAUUUCUGGCGAGAUCAACUACGAAUACAUACUACCGCAGUUAGAAGCCCACGGGUAUAGUGACUGGAUAGGUCUAGAGUACAAACCGAUAGCUGGUACCCAGGAUGGACUUGGGUGGAUCAGGCAAUAUGGGUAUAGCGUUUAAUAUUUUGUUUUACACGCAAUAAGUACAUAUUGUUAUUUAUAUCUUCCAUACGGCUGACAGCAAAAAUUGGCACACAUUACAAAAUCUCUUAUUGCAACCUUCAAUGUCACCAUAGAUAUGUUUACUCUAAUAAGACAUUGACUUUUAUAGACAUUGUUGUAUGACCCCAUACAUGCAGAAAUUCAGAGUAGUAAUCAGAGAAAGAAUGACGGCUUGGAAAUUCUGCCUCUGAAUUUUCGGCAAGUGUGGCGCUAGACUUGGGUUGGAUGUGUACUAUGGUUGUUUGUAGUUUGUAUGUAUAGUUAUAACAUUAAGAACAUGUAAUAUGACUUUGUACAUGAUAAACAUCGUAUCUGUAACGUGUGUACAUAUUAUACAAAAAUCCUUAGUCGUAAAUAUAUAUAAUGUGAAUAGUAUAUAUAUAUGUGAAUAGUAGUUCAGUAUGAAUUAUUAUGUACAUGCUUAUAAAUCGUAGUGUUAAAUAAGGUAUUAAA